UCUGCCAGUGCUAACGUUAGCCUGGAAGCUAAGAGCAAGCCAGCCCAAAAACUUUCGCACUUUUAACUGAAAAUGGUAAAACAGACAAUACAGAUAUUUGGUCGCAUUAAACCCACGAAGAGAACUGUGGCGGUGUACUCAGUGGACAAUGAGGAGCAGACAAGUGCAUCUCUGGAGUUUGUGGUGCCCAAGGACCUGGCUGAUGGCUUUGUUAACAACAAGAGGGAAUGCUACAAGUUCAGAUUUAAAAAAGUCUUCGAUCAAGAUGCCAGACAGGAAGACAUUUUUGAGAGCAUUGCCAAACCAGUUGCAGAAAGCGUCCUUGCUGGUUAUAACGGCACCAUAUUUGCAUACGGCCAGACGGGUAGCGGGAAGACCUUCACCAUCACAGGAGGGGCUGAACGCUACAGUGAUCGCGGCGUAAUUCCUCGCACCUUGUCUUACCUGUAUGAACGCUUCAGCCAGGACAGCAGCAUGAUCUACACCACACACAUCUCUUACCUGGAAAUCUACAACGAGGUGGGAUAUGACCUUCUGGAUUCCCAACAUGAGGCGUCGCGACUGGAAGACCUGCAAAAAGUAGUAAUUAUGGAGGAUCCAGAGCAAAACAUCCAUCUGAGAAACCUGUCUCUGCAGCAGUCGGCAAACGAGGAAGAGGCUCUGAAUCUGCUCUUCCAGGGUGACACCAACCGUAUGAUUGCAGAAACACCCAUGAAUCAGGCUUCCACUCGUUCCCACUGCAUUUUCACGGUGCACUUAUGCAGGCGUGAACCUGGCUCAGCUACACUGCUACGGUCCAAGCUCCAUCUGGUGGACCUGGCUGGAUCGGACAGAGUUAGCAAGACUGGUCUGAACGGGCAGCUGCUCACUGAGGCCAAAUAUAUCAACCUUUCCCUCCACUACCUGGAGCAGGUGAUCAUAGCGUUGUCAGAGAAGAAUCGCUCCCAUAUCCCGUACAGAAACUCCAUGUUGACGUCAGUGCUGAGGGACAGCCUUGGUGGGAACUGCAUGACCACUAUGAUCGCCACCAUGGCGGUUGACAAGAGGAACCUCGACGAGUCCAUCUCUACGUGCCGCUUCGCUCAGCGUGUGGCGCUCAUCAAGAAUGAGGCGAUACUGAAUGAAGAACUGGAUCCUUCCCUGUUGAUAGCACGUUUAAAAAAUGAGGUCCUGUUACUGAAGGAGGAGCUGGCCAUGGUGACGGGGGAGCAGAGGGACGAGCAACUGUCUGCCGAGGACAUCUGGAAAUUGGAAGAACUUGUCAAGGCUUUCCUGAAGGACCCUGAUCCAAAUGUGACACUGUCUCUGGGACCAGACAUGAGAAAAAUCCAGCACUGUUUCUCCCUGCUGAAGAUGAUCAUUUUGGAAAAAGAAGGUGGAAGAAAUGGGCACAGUGAUCAGAGAGAGUCACCAGCAGUGAAGGAAGAGGCCAUUCAGCUCAACCCCGUCAGUGCAGCAGAAGAAGCCAAAUUAAAGGAGAUGCUCAGGCAACGGGAUAAUGAGAUCAGUAUUCUCGUGAAGAUACUGAAGAAGGAGAAAAAAAGAGCAGAUGAUGCUGCUGCUCAGAUUGCUAACAUCACCAAUAUCCCAAACCUGUCCUCCCAUAGAGCCUUGAGCAUGUCCACAGUGUCACAGUUGAGGGAAGUAAAUGGUGUCAUUCUUCCAGCAGAUCAUGGCGGACAAAUGUUCACAAUGCCACAGUUGAAAGAAGAAAAUAUGGACACCUUCCCUUCAAACCAUGGAGGAAGAGUUUCCACCGUAGCACAGGUUAGAGAAGGAAAUGCUGACAUCUUUUUAGCAGACUGUGGAGGUCGAGCAUUCACUUCACCACAAUUAGGCGAGGGAAAUGUGGACCACAGAGGACAAGCGCCAACAAUGCCACAGUUAAGAGAAGAAAGUUCUGACACCCUUCCAGCAGACCACGUAGGACGAGCUCUACAAUGUAUAAGAAGAGGUCCACAGGUGUCUGUGGAAAAACAAGAAGCAUUUGAGAUCUUCAUAAGAGACCAUGAAGAGCAUCAAACCAUCGAGGACAACAAGAAAAUACUAAAAGAGAGAUCAGCUGAGGCCAGAGGACUUGGGGAGCAACUGAAGGAAGCCCGAAACAGAAUCACUGAGUUGAAGAAACAGUUGGAAACACGGAGGAAACAGAAAGCAGCUCAUGGUGUCAUGGGGAAUCAACCACAGGCUGAAGAGGAGUUUGACCUCGUGGCAGAAAACCUGUGCAAACAGAUUAAGCAAGAAAAAGUGGCAUACAUGAGCACCAUUGGCCGCCUGAAAGCGCUGAAAACAGAGAUCGAGCAUCUGCAGCUGUUGUUGGAGAGGGUGAAGGUCAAGAUCCAGAAAGAUUUCCAGCAGUGGUGGAGCCAGGAGGCCUCAAAUCUGCAGGAACCAGAAUCAGGAGCCACCGUCAGAUGCCCCACAGCUUCACCAAAUGCAGCCUGUCAGCCACCAUCACCAGGCACUCCAGGAUUCGGUGUUCCUGGACUGAGCAGUACCAUGAAAGAACCUCUAUCACAUGUAGACACAAAUCCAGACUGCUUCAUCUCUUCUGUUGAAGAUCUGAGCGUUGGCCCCAAAAGUGUGCCUCCAUUUCCGGCUAUGCCCGCCAGGCACAAUAACUCCCUGAAUGAGAACACAAUGGACUUCAGUUCCUCCACUGAGCAGAGGGCCCUUCCCACCACCACAAUCCCAUAUGCCUCUGUUCCACUGACUGGAGACCAGCAAGUUGAUGCUGACAUCCUGGCGUUUGUCAAGGCCAGGAUGUCAGGGACCUCCUCAGCAGGACGGGCCCCCCCUCGGAAGUGAAAUGCAGUCAUACGAAGGACUCAAGCUGCCUCCUCAUCCCCCACAUCUGCAAGGUGAAAGAAAGACUGAGAAACUCUGUAUCUCAACACACACCACACAUUCUGUCUCUGACUCCGGAAGUCACAGCUUGUUUCAGCUGAUUCGUCUGAACAAAUGUUUGAAGAUAUCUAAAAGAGCUGACCGUCAGAAAGAUGUCUGCACCCAAAUUCCUAAAAGUUUUCACAGGUUUUCACAAUAUUAUAAUAUUUGGUUUUGGUUUUUUUGUUUGUUUUUUUUUAUUAUUUUAAAACCAUGUAAUAUAUGAACAGGAGUAUUUUUUAUACUAAUAAAC